UGACGGUGUGGUGACGAAGACGGUCGUGUGGCGGUGGUGGCGACGACGACUCUAUGGUGACGUUACCGGCAAGAAACAUGAAAAUGACUAAUGGUGCGACAGUGUCUCCCCGUUUGCCGAAGAGCAGGGUCGCAAAACGACAAGCGUCGGGCAAAGUCCGGCCACUAGCAGGUUCGUCGGCGCUAGGUACUCUACAAAACUUAUUAGAGGAGCUCCGCGCCAGCGUGGACCCGUGCGAUAACUCGAGCGACUCUGGCCUCGGCUUCGACCAGCACCUCGACUACCACUUCAAUGUUCGGCAGAACUUGGCGUACCUCGAACAAGAGAACUGGUACGACGAGCAGCCCGAGCUGAAGCGCCGCCGCGUGGACAUCCGGGCCGAGUCGGAUGACGCCAGCGACUACUUCUGCGAGAACAUAAUGCGCGUGAAGGGUCCGUCGGACUCGAGCCGGCUGGUGCCCGAGCCGCUGCUGCGCUCCGCGGGCGGGCCGGGGCUGCGCGUCAACCCCAGCGUGGUGGGCCGGCCGAUGACGCGGGCCUCGGGCCUGGUGCACGCCGUCCCCCUCACGCCGCUCACCUCGCUGUCCGGGCUGGGCCGGCGCGGGCCGCCGCAGCACGGCCACCACCACCAGGGCCACCCGCAGCCGCACGCGCAGCACCCGCUGCCCGCCGGGCCCGUCACCCUCACCUCGCCGCUCAGCCACACCAGCCGCGACGGCCGCGUGCAGCUGCAGAUGGUGUGCCAGCCCGAGACGCAGCACCGGGCGCGCUACCAGACCGAGGGCAGCAGGGGCGCCGUCAAGGACCGCUCCGGCAACGGCUUCCCCGUCGUCAAGCUGUCUGGCUACAACAAGGCCACCACCCUCCAGGUAUUUAUCGGCACCGACCAGGGCAAAGUCGCGCCGCACAUGUUCUACCAGGCGUGCCGCGUCUGCGGUAAAAACUCGACCCCGUGCGUCGAGAAGAAGAUGGACGGCACCGUCGUCAUUGAGGUUGACUUUGAGCCGUCCAAGGAAAUGACAGUCACUUGUGACUGUGUUGGGAUUCUUAAAGAAAGAAAUGUUGAUGUUGAGCACCGGUUUCCUGAUCAGACUACAAGUCGAAGUAAAAAGAAAUCCACAAGGUGCCGAAUGGUGUUUAGAGCGACAAUUAUGAAUGAUGAUGGAACAACAGAAGUACUACAAGUAACAUCACAGCCGAUAGUGUGCACCCAGCCUCCUGGUGUACCUGAAAUAUGUAAGAAAUCCCUUACUACUGCUCCCUGUACUGGUGGCAUGGAACUUUUCAUUAUUGGCAAGAACUUUUUAAAAGACACUCGAGUCAUUUUUUUUAAAGAAGAUGAAAGCUGUUGUUGGAAAGAAGUUGUUGCACCUGACGGCAACAGAUGUUGGGAAAUGCUGUACUUCAUCUUCAGACUCUGGUAUUACUCCAGUAAUGGAAUUAAGUCGCAGUUACUCCAGCUCCAACCUUCUCGUCUCAGGCUGUGUACCUCCAUCAUCGAUUGUGGCUGCGCAGGUAGUGCCUCCUCCAAUGAUGAUGCCCUUUGCACCUUCUCAUAGUACAAGUCCCACGAAAGAAGAGGUUCAUCAAAGUAUGUUGUGGACAGCAAACGCCACAAUGAAAGAAGAAAAGGCUAAGGACUUUAUGCCACCUUCAACGGCUCUACCUUGUAGAUCGCCUCUGAUCGUCCCAGAUCCACUACCAGCACUUAAAACUGAAGUCAUUGACGAGCCUAUAAUGACUCCCAUUACAAAUGCAGUAAUGGACAGUACUGCUAUGCCACCCCCACCUCCUCCUUCAGCAGAACAUCUGCAUGGUGUAGAUCUACGCAUGACCUCCAUGAAAGGACCUUCCAUGGCAACUCUUCAGCAAUUUAUGCGGCCUGCCGAAGCUUCAGGUUGCCUACCGACUCAAAGUGGGCAAAGCGUGGAAACUUUUCUCAACCGAUUAGAGACGGACAAGAUGGUCCUUGAGCAACAGAGAAGACAGCAAGAGCAAUCAUCACCUCCACAGCAGCAGCAUUCUCCUCAACAGCAGGAACAAUCACCUCAACAACAGUCUCCUUUAGAGCCACUUAAAUCGCCAGAGUUGCUCAGAAGACACGACCAAAAUUUGCCAAUUCCAAUGCAAGUGCAAGUGCAAUCCAUGCUGGAUUCUUCGCAAGCUGACUCAUACUUGAGCCCUCCUCCCACUGGCCCCGCUCCUAUGGACAAUAUGCUGGGAGUGUAUUCUGCACCAGUCACCACACAGGAUAUAUUUAUUUCGAGACCAUCAGCCCCUAUAGACUCAUCACCCUAUCCCGCUCCCUGUAAUACAUCACCCAUUGCUCAGAAAUCAAUUUUGAACUCAGAAUCUCCUCCUCAGUUUGUAUCAGAACCUGCUCUUCAUGAAGAAAGUAGUAAUCAUUCACCCGACAGAAAGCCAGAUGCCAUCCUUCAUUUUUCAGGACUUUCUAAUUCACAGCUGAAUCACAUGAUGCGUAGUGAGCCAACAAACAGUGCUCAGCAUCUGGCUCACCUUAUACAAGAGGAAACUAAUAAACAUGCACAAAUUGCACAAAUGCUUCAUGAUGAAGCAAGUAAGGAUGCUUCACAAAUGACCCAAGUUAUGUGUGAUGAGAGGAGUAACCAUGGAGGGGAUGUGAAAGUAUCAGCUGCCCAGCAAAUGGGGUGUUUUCUCCAUGAUGAAAGAAGCAACCAUGCUAUGGAAGUAAAACCAUCAGCUGCCCAUCAGUUUGCAGAAAUGCUGCAUGACAACCAGAGCAACCAUGCUAUGGAUGUCCAGACAUCAUCAGCCCAGCAGUUUGCACAAAUAUUACAAGAAGAUCACAGUAAUCAUGGAAGGGAUGUAAAAGUAUCACUAUCCCAAUCUUUCAACCUAAUGCAUAAUGAAAACAGUAACCAUCCUCUAGAGCCUAAACAAACUCCAACAACGAAUAUUGUCCAGAUGAUUGCAAAUAACAAUCGCGAAACACAACAAUUAGCCCAAAUGUUGCAAGACGAGGCUAGUAAUCAUGCUGUAGAUACAAAAACAUCAGCUGCCCAGCAGUUGGCCCAGAUUUUGCAUGAUGAAGCAAGCAACGCUGCACUCAUGGCGCAAGAGGAGCAUCGGAACAAAAAUCCUUCCCAUUUGUCAUUUUCUCAAAUAUUUCAAAGGGAGAACACUGGUAUGGAAAUGAACCCAUCUUGUCCAAAUCUUGUGCCACUCUACCAAGGAACUGCAAGCCAUUCGCCUGAAAUGAAACAGUACUGCAGCAACUCUUCAGCCGCUCCUCUUCUCAAUAUUACUAAUUCUGAUGUGACACUUCUCCCAAACGAAACCAAUUCAUUAGUUAUCACACAGGCACCAUCAAAUGAGCAGCUUCCAGGAAACUGUAUCACUACGCCGAGCUCAUACAACAAGGACAAGCCUCUUGUAAUGUCAAGUUCUUACAACCAAACAGAAGCUAGCUUGCAGGCUCAGACACAGAUGCAAGUCGAUGCACAAGUGCAAGCCCAGGUUCAAGCACAGGUACAAGCGCAAGUUCAGGCGGCUCAGGUACAAGCCCAAAUGCAUGCACAGGCUCAGGCGCAAAUGCAAGCACAAGCUCAUAUGCAAGCUCAAGUUCAAGCUGAAGUGCAGCAGGUGCAACAAAUGCAAGCUCAAGCCCAAUUGCAAGCACAAGUUCAGGCUGAAGUACAGGCUCAGCAACUACAAGUACAAAUGCAAGUUGAAGCCCAGGUUCAGGCUGAGUCCCAAGCACAAGCCCAGGCUCAAACAAGUCCUCACCAAAUGACUUUUACAACUGCAUCAACAAGUACGGGUGUUAUGGACUAUCCAAUCCUUACAAAGACCCUUGCAAGUGGGAAGCUGUUCGCAACUGAAGUCCAACAGCAGCAACAACAGCAACAGAGUUCCCAACAGCAGACAAACAAACCUCAUGGGGACUUGCAAGAAAUAUUUGACAUGUUCCGGGGCCAGUAGAGAAUCCCUAGUAUAAAACAAGAAAGUUUGUUUACAAGAUCUCAGAAUAUACUUUAGAACUCAUUUCCUACUCUUGGGUCUGCACUUAAAAUCUUCAAUUGAGUGGAUCUCACACAAACAAUGACAUUUAAGUCUGUGAUUACAUUGAAAACUGUUAACAUUAAUUGUGACGUGCUAUCUUUUAUAUCUUUUAUCUAUGAUCUAUUUACGAUAUGAAUUGCUUUAAAAAAGCUUUGCUUAUUUAAGUUCAAAUUAUUUGUGCCUCCAAAUGGUAUAACAUGUUAUCAAAUCCUCAUUUUGUAAAAACAAAUACAUGUACAUGUCAUGCGUUCUGUUAUCAGAAUAAGAGUUGUAAAUUUGUAUAUAUGGCAAAAGUAUGUAGAGAAGUUUUACGUGAUACUAGUUGUUGUACCUAUUUAAAUUCCAUUUUUGUUGUUGCAAAUAGCUCAAGUAUGUGUACAUAAAAGUAUAGCUAUUUUUAUUGAUAUAUUUAGAGACUUAUCAUCAGAUAUUUAUGAUUAUGCAAAAGACAAAGCUUAUUAUAAUUUGAAAAUUUUGUUAUUUAUAAAAUAAAGAAAUUUGCUGUUUAUAAUGUUGCUAAA